AUGGAUUCAACAGGUAAACAAAAGGAUACUGCGGCAAAACGUCGCGCUUGUGAUGAGUGCAGAAUCCGAAAACUUGCAUGCUCAAAGGAUCCUAAUGGAUGUGAAAGAUGUGUGCGAGAAAACGUAUCAUGUCAUUACUCUCAACAGAAACAAAUGGGUAGACCAAGAAAGCGUCAAUUUAUCGAAACUAUUAGAGUUGAACCACCCGAUACACAAAACAACCCACAACCUCUUCUCGAUGAUGGCACAUUACUCCCUCUCUUUGGCGAUGAACCUUACAAUUUCGAUGACAACGACUUUGCUGAACCAUAUUAUACUAAUUCGAAUUUCAAUGGAUUUGAUGAUGCCCAGCAAUUUCCACAAACUCUCCCUCUGGACACCCCACAUCCUCUCUGGGCCUCAAAUGUAGAUGAUGGCCGGAAUAUGUGGCAUUUUGGAAACGGUGAUAUGCUAGGCCCUGCUGCCAUCGACUCUAGUAGUAUGAAUAUGGAAAAACAGGGUGAAACUCAACCCGCAGCCAACCAAGAAGCUGAAUUAUCAACGGGGUCAAAUCCUUCCUCCUCUUCGCCUAAUGGUAGUGAUGGUCCCUUUCCAAUAUCAGGCGAUAAAUGCAGCUGCUUAUCAUCAAUGUAUUUGUCACUAUCAGCAUUGCAACAGUUCCCAAGUGAAAUCGAUGAAGCUCUAAAGGUAGUUCGUGGCGCUAGUAUUGUGGCAUCGAAAGCCAUUUGGUGCCCCUCCUGUGGUGCGAUAGCGUUAAUUUCACCCACACCCCCUAUUGAGGCCUUCCAAAAUACGAUGCUCAUCGGAACUAUAUUACCUAUCAUAGCGAAUGGAUACGGCCGUUUACUAAAAAUGGUUGACGAAGCGACUGCUGAGGCAAUUGCUAAAGGGCAGACCAAAAUCUUUAGGUAUCUUGAAUAUGGUGGUUUAUGCGAGCACCAAAGACCAAUUAACGAGGCAAUAGAGUGCAUAGGUGACGCAUUAUCCAUGGCAGAUAGAGAAAUGCAACCAGCAGAGUGGCGAACUACUGUAAGAGCUUUGUUGCGAGCUGACAUCUAUGGCCAUGACCAACCUGGAUUCAAGUACAAAGGAUUAAGAGAUCUCAUUUCCGAGAUGGAGCAAAGACAGAACGCUCGUCACAAUAUAUUAGAUGCACAAGUUGCUGCGGGUGUGCGGUCGCUAGAGCAUGACCACUUCCCAGAUUUGAAGGUUGCAGAUUUGACUGUCAGGCAAUGCUAUGGGGAGAGAACAAGGGGGUGCUUGGAGAUCCUCAAAAUGGCUAAGAUGGCUGUAGAUAGCAUUGUUAUUGCAUGA